UAGGGAAGAGUUUUUAAGACAUGGAGACAACUAAGACCUUUGAGAAGCCUGAAUGAAGCAAAACAAACUAUCAACUACCCAGGUUUACAUAACAAACUACUGAGUCCUCACUGGGCAAAACCACCAUCCUGGGAUAAUUGAACAGGAUGGCCUUACCCAAGAAAGACGGGGACACCUCGCAAAUGGACCCCAGCAAGCAGAGCUCAGAGCCACCCACUGCCACUCUAUGCGGCUACCUGCACAAACUAAGCGGCCCCCUCAAGGUGUGGCGAUCUCUGUGGUUCACGUACGAGGAGGAGCAAUGCAUUCUGGUCUACUACAGGACUGCCCAGGAUGCCAACCCUUUGGGCUGCAUCGACCUCUCCAACGCCAUCCUGGGCGACCUGCCACACGCUGAAGAUGGGACCUUCUUCAUCCAGACUCCUGAGCGUACCUUCACACUCAAGGCAGUGAAUAGUGAAGCUAUGAUAUACUGGCUGAAGCAGCUUCAGCUGAAGAGGUGGCACUUUGGGAAUACUGGGUCUGUCAAGCAGGGGACAGGAAAGACUAGCGGUCACCAUGCCUUGCGACGCUACGCCACUCUGAGUGACGUCCCUCUCAGACAUCCUCCCAUAGGGAGUCAUCAAGGGAACUUCCGUCGAAGCAGAUCCUCCCAGGAGCUCAGCCAGGUCCUCAACUGGGAAGAACUUUGUGACCCUGUUCUAUCACUCAAAGACCUCCAAGCUUCUCCACUUCACAAAUCCUUACCAAAAAUGUAUGGCAGCCCUUCUGAACCACUGCCUAUCCAAGCAGUCCACGCUGUGCAGGGAGUGGAGGUACCAACAACACAGUCAAGUUCUCCAAUCAACAAAGGCGCCACUCAGUCAGCUUUUGAAAAGACUACAAUACCCCAACAAGAAGUUGCUGCAGAUACUUCACGCCUCCAGCAGGAAGUGCUUAGUCUGGCAGGCGAGGUCAAAGCCCAGAAGGAACUAGUCACCCUUUUACAGAAGGCUUUAAAGGUGGCCAAACAUGAGAAACAGCUUGACACCACGGAGGCAGCAGGUGAUGCAGAGACAACACAGCAAUGGGCUCCAGACGAGUAUCACGCUGUUCAUCCCUACGACCGACAGGGUGUGCCAAUGCCUCACUACAGCGCAGAGACUCAGGAGCACCUGCGCUUGCUGGUGGAGAGGAACUGGGCUGAGAGAGAGACGGUUGUUCGUUUGUCCCAAGAGGUGGCGGCCUGUCUGGCUGACCCCAACGGAAGAGGCCCUCUCCACGGCUGGUCUGUCACUGAGACCAACGAGCAACUGAGACAGGAGAAUAGGAAACUGAAGGAUGACAUAGAGGCCUACAAGAUACAGAACACUUAUCUGAACUCAGAAGUCUACCAGCUUACCAAAGUAUGGAGGCAGAGUGCAGAACAGGAGAAAAGCCUGACGAUAAAGUGUGCUCAUCUAGAGACCAAGGUGUUCAGAAUGGAGAGCAGGUUCCUGGUGGUGCUCCUCAAGCUGCAGGAGGGCCGAAGUCUGGAGAGACAUCGCGAGGCUAUCACUACCCUGGUCACUGAUGCACUACGGGAAAACGGACGGGACGUUCUGGAACUAAGCCCGUCCAGAAUCACCCCUGAAAUCCAGGUGGAAGAUCUAAAGCUGCUGGCCAAGCUGCAGGCCCUGGGUGUCCGCACCCACAACUCCCCGUCACAACCCCAGCAAGCAGAGGAAGAGGAGGGGUGUGAAGAGCCUCUUAUGGGGCGCUGGGCUCAGCACUUUGACGGGCGUCGUUCCGGAGGCCUGGUUGCCUCUCCUAAAUUGAAGGGUUUGCUUCGGAAGGGCGUCCCUCGCGGAUACCGGCGCCGGGUUUGGCGGUGGGUGGUUUGGACUCGUACACGGUCCCUGAGGGAACGCCACCCACAACGCUAUCACCAGCUGUGUCUGAGGAGCCGGGCUGCCAUGCACCCAGCAUCACGUCAGAUCCGACUGGACCUUGAGGUCACUCUGAGGGGGAACCGCCACUUCUCGUCCCCUGCCAAGCCUGCCCUCCAGCAGCUCCACAGGAUCCUGAUGGCAUUUUCCUGGCACAACCCCACAGUUGGCUACUGCCAAGGCCUCAACAGACUGGCGGCAGUAGCCCUUCUAGUCCUGCAAAAUGAGGAGGAUGCUUUUUGGUGUCUGGUGGCCGUGGUCGAGACCAUCAUGCCUCAGGACUUCUACAGCAAGACCCAAACGGCAUGCCAGGUGGAUCUGCAUGUUCUGAAGGAUUUCUUAGCAGAGAAGAUGCCAAAACUGAUGGCCCAUUUCCAGGGUCAUGGAGUGGACAUCUCCUUGGUCACCUCAGACUGGUUCCUUGCUGCAUUUGUGGAAAGGCUAGCUGGGGACGUCCUGCUCAGAGUGUGGGACUCCUUCCUGUAUGAAGGCACCAAGGUAAUAUUUCGCUAUGCACUGGCUCUUUUCAAGUACAAAGAGGAUGAUAUUCUGAAAAUUUGUGACUGUGAUGACAUUUACCAGUACCUUCGCUUCUUCCCCAAGACCAUCAUAGAUGGCAGGAAGUUGAUGAUGAUUGCGUUCAGCGAUAUGAACCCAUUCCCCAUAAAAGUUCUGCGUCAGCGCCGGGCUCAACAUCUCCAGCGGGUGCAGACUGAGCUGAGUGAGCAAGACCGGAGCCAGAAGGAGCUGCAGACUGAGCGAGUGCAGUACAAAGACAAGGAACUGGGCCUGGUGGUCAGCGAGGAUGAGGGGGAUGCUUAAAAAAAAGUGAAUGGAGACGUAACAUCCAAAGAAUCUUAAUUAAAAUAUGUUAUGAGGAUAAUAUAUUAGAUAAGAAAUGCUACAUCCCAUGUACAUUUGAUGACAUUUUUUUGUUUGAAUAAAUUGAUUGAAAAGU